AUGCGCCACCGUCAAGGCCAGUGGCAGAAUUCUGAUGGCCGGUUGAGCAUACCUUUGCACCGGACGCCUGCCUGCGAAAGCGAGGACUGGGACCGCAAUGCGGCCUCCUUGUGGGCAAUCUACGCCAACUCAUACUUGACGGUCGCAGCAACUGCUUCGUCUGAUCCCAGUCAAGGCCUCUUUCGCUCUAGGUCUACAGCAACACUGUCCAAUGGAAUCGUGGAGGUUGUGGCAGGUAACGGAAAACUCCGGGCCGGUACAUAUUGCUGUUAUGAUGAGGAUGAAUGGAGAGCCUUAGUGGACAUAGCCCCUCUCAAUCAACGCGCUUGGGUUCUCUUCGAAUGCUUCGAGUUUAAAGCUUCUGAGAGGUUUGCACAAGGCAUUCCGCCAAGAUAUGGAAGUUCCAGCGCGCGUGACUGGUACCCGUGGGCAAGUCCUUCCGAGGUAGAGCCAGAGGAGCUGUUGCCUAUGUGGCAGGCAUUCGUGCAAGACUACGUCUACAUGAAUCUGACUUACCCGUCCGACAAGAUGGUAGCCAUAUCUGCUCUGGCGAGACAAGUCUCUACCCUCGUACCAAGUUCGGGAGAAUACCUGGCCGGCCUUUGGGAGUACAGCCUUCUCGGUCAAUUGUGCUGGGAGUCAUCGCUGCACGCCACCCGAGCAUCGGAGCACAGAGCGCCGUCUUGGUCAUGGAUGUCUAUCGACGGUCCGAUCCUUUCGAGCUUUAAACAAAAUGCCACAAGGGUGAAGGCAGUGGCGAGGCUGCUCAAUGCCACCACCGAAUGGACAACAAGCCCCUUCACUUCAGUCGUAGGGGGUUAUCUGCGUUUGUCGGCCCCGCUACUGCGUGUCGAUACAAUGGAACCUCAACCAGACCGCCCUGACGAGAGACCUAGGCGGAGCACAUCUGGACCUGAUGCCGAACUGAUUGAAAUGAUCAGGUCGAACGAUCACCCGGACUACACUGGAGAGACAAUGCUGUCGUUUGGCAUUUCUCAAGACGGGCUUCCCACAGGCCCGAACGGAAGCAACAUCAUCGGAGAUGGAUCCCAAGGUUGGCUGGACGAGGAGAUCGAGCUUGAGAAGCUCGUUCAGCUGAAGCCCGUCUUUCUCCCUGUCUUCUGCAUCUUUGACUCAACCUUCGGUGAGUGGGAAAUUGAGAUUUUAAGGGGCCUGAUACUGGCAAAAGCCGAAGACCAAGGGCCUGGUACAUACCGCAGGAUUGGAGUGGCAGAAAUCAAUGAGUACGAGCUUGCUGAAUUCCUGUGCUCGCUAGGCAAUCAAGAAUACGAAGACGACACCGAAAAUGUGGUACAACAACAGAGCGGGAGCCAUGAUAUCGUAACGGCAAAUCUCUCAGCCAGCGACAGAAUCAAGCUCGACGAGUUUGUGCCAGAGCGAUGGACUGGUAAAGAACUGCCACUGGAGAACAUGCCACGAGACUUCCUCUGCCACGAGGUCGUCAUUGUCCGCAUCCGGUUUACACCCUUACUUCCCUUCCCAUCCGCCCUGAAGAGGUAUGGCGCGGACUUCAAUCCCUCCACCUUCUCACUUGCCUUGGCUAACCCACAAUUUUCGACGCUUUCAAAGCCGUAG